UCAAUCUUAUUCAAUGGCAUCAAGCCAAAAAAGAGAUCCAGCUUGGGCCUAUGGAGUUGCAAUUGGCAGUACUAACACAAAAGUGCAAUGUAUCUUUUGUCAAAAAAUUUAUAACGGUGGAAUACAUCGUCACAAGAGACAUCUAAUUGGUGGUUUUAGAGAUGUCAAAGAAUGUCCAAGUGUUCCGGAUUCUGUUCAGCAAGAAAUUAAAGACUGUUGAGAAAAAAAAUGAGUUAAAAAAUCCAAUGAGCCAUGGAGCAUCUAUGAUUAAUCUUCUUGAUGAAGAUAGUCAAAUGGAUGAGGAUGACCUUGAAGCCAAUGAUAUAAUGAGGCCACCUCCAUCUAAAUCUCAAAGAAAGAAUUCAACAAGUGGAAGUGGAUCAUUCACCGUCGGUAGCAAUGUGAAAGGUCCUCUUAAUCUUUUUUUCUCACAAAAACCAAAUGAAAAGAGAAAGGGUGAAGCUAUUGACUUAGAUUAUUGUAGGAAGACUUUAAGGGAGCGCACUGUAGAUUCUUUUGCAAGGUAGAUGUAUGAUGCGGGGCUCCCUUUUAAUUGUGUGAAUUAUACCGAUAAUUUUGGUGAAUUCAUUGAGGUCGUAGGCCAAUAUGGCCCAGGAAUGAAGCCCCAUACCUAUCACGAAGUAAGAGUUCCUUGUCUAAAAAAGGAGUUGGAGAAGACAAACAAGAUUGUCGAGGAGCAUAAUGCGCAAUGGAAAAUUUAUGGUUUUUCCAUUAUGAUGGACAAAUGGACUGCAAAAAAUGAAAAAAUGGCCAUUAAUGUUUUGGUGAAUUCUCUGAGAGGUAGUGUGUUUCUUGAAUCUUAUGAUGCUAGUGACUCCUCAACUGAUUCUAAUAAAAUGUUCAACUUGUUUGAGAAGACACUAUUGAAAGUUGGACCGGAAAAUGUGGUUCAAGUUUUGCUAAGGCGAUCAAGAUACAUUCUUACAUUAGUCAAAGGCCGUUGUUGUUGAACAUGAUGAGGACAUACACAAAACAAAGAAAUUUGGUGAAACCGGCUAAGACAAGAUUCGCAACAGCUAUCUUGACCUUGCAUAGCUUUUACUUGCAAAAGCAAAAUUUGCGAACAUUGUUCUUGUCAACCGAAUGGAGUGAGAGUAUCUAUGCAAAGGAAGCUCUUGGGAAAGAAGUUGCGAGAUUUAUUAUUGGUCCAUAUUUUUGGAAUGACACUGUUCAAGCACUUAAAGUUGGUAAUCCUUUGGUUAUUGUACUUCGUUUGGUGGAUGGGGAGAAAAAACCAACAAUGGGAUACAUUUAUGAAGCCAUGGAUAGGGCUAAAGAAGCUAUUGAGAAGGCAUUUGAUCAUGGUAGGAGGAAAUAUGAGAAAGUGUUUGAAAUCAUUGAUAAAAGGUGGGAUGAUCAGCUUCAUCAACCUUUAUAUGCAGCAGGGCAUAUUUUGAACCCCGAAUUGUUUUACACAAACAAUGAGAACAAGACUUUAGAUUUAGACGUUUGGAAGGGGUAUCAUGCAUAUGUUGCGAAGUUGGUGCCAGAUGAAGCGAUGCAAGACAAAAUAGGGCAAGAGCUUGGUGUGUAUAUGCAAGCCGAUGGAAUUCUUAGAUUAGCUUCGGCCAUUAGAGGCAGAACCAAAUUGGCACCGGUUGAAUGGUGGAUGCAAUUUGGUUAUGAAGUUCCAAACUUGCAACAAUUUGCUAUUAGAGUUCAAAGCUUAACUUGAAAUUAGAGUGUUUAUGAACAUAUUCAUACUAAGAAGAGGAACAUGCUUGAGCUAAAGAAACUCAAUGAUCUCGUGUUCGUAAAAUAUAAUAGAACAUUAGCUCGUCGUUACAAAGCUCGCAAUAUCAUUGAUCCAAUUUUAUUGGAUAACAUUGAUGAAGCAAAUGAAUGGUUAACCGGAGCCCCCGAAAAUCAUGAAGAAGAAGUGUUUGAAGGAGAAGGUCUCACUUUUGGUCAUGUUGCUUAUGGCAAGUGGAGUUGAAGAGAAUGUUUAUGGUUUUAGGGGAAGUACUUUAAGGAGCAAAGAAAGAGUAUCUACAAGUACAAGUACAUGUACAAGUAGAACCCUAAUUAAUGAAGCCUCUCCGAUGAAGAAGAAGAUGAUGAUGACCAAUAUAAUAACUCGAACAUGAUUACACUUCAAGAGUUUGGAGAUCUUGUUGAAGAAUAGGAUGUUGCUCCUUUUGUGAUUUUGUUUUGCAUUUGCUUAAUAUGUUAUGACUUUUGAGGAUU